AUGAUUUCUUCGACGUUUUUUAUAAACGAUGUUGAAGCGGAUGCAAUCGACCUGGCGAAACAUCGUAGGAAAUUACGGAAGGAAAUUAAUCCUUUGCAUUUGUCGGAGAUAGCUUUUAGGAAAAAUUUCCGUAUCAGCAAGAAGCUGUUCAUUCAAAUCCGAGACAAAAUUGCACCCCACAUCGGUCCACACCACCCUCGGGGACUUUCUGUAAGCGAAAAGCUUGCAGCAACGCUAAAGUUUUUAGCCCAGGGGUCGUAUCAACUUGGAGUGGGAAAUGAUUUCACCGUGCCGAUGGCUCAAUCUACAUUUUCCGAAACGUUGAACGAAACAUUACGGACGUUGGAGCAGCAUCUCAAACCAUAUAUCACCCUGGAAAUGAGUGUCAGGGAAAAGGAAGAGGCUCGUAGAUUUUUCUAUGAUAAGUCGGGUAUUCCUGGGAUAACGAUGGCUGUGGACGGCACACACAUUAGAAUCGUUGCUCCAAAGGAAAAUCCAGUCAUGUACUUUAAUAGAAAGGGGUUUUACAGCCUCAAUGCUUUAAUGAUUUGUGACAACAACAGCAUAAUCCGCUAUGUAAACGCACGUUAUGGUGGAUCAAACCACGAUGCCUUUAUUUUGAAUUCCAGUCCUGCUAUGGAUUAUUUUGACGCCCAGUGGAGAAAUGGCGAAAGGCUUUCUAAACUACUUGGUUAG